AUGAUUAGACAUCUUAACAAAUUGAGGAGGCCCGNUGCGGCCGACACAACACUGGCCCAUGCUACGGCUAAUAUAGAGGUUGUCAAUCGAAUUCAGCUCCGAACUCGACGCACACUGCGAGGUCACCUGGCGAAAAUAUACGCAAUGCAUUGGUGUUCUGAUUCGCGUAACUUGGUCUCUGCAUCUCAAGAUGGCAAAUUGAUUGUUUGGGACGGAUAUACCACGAAUAAGGUUCAUGCCAUUCCAUUGAGGAGCAGUUGGGUGAUGACAUGUGCAUACGCCCCUUCGGGGAAUUACGUUGCUUGUGGAGGUCUGGAUAACGUCUGUUCUAUAUACAAUCUUCGAUCACGAGAAGGCAACGUCCGAGUCAGUCGAGAACUGCCUGGACACACGGGGUAUUUGUCCUGUUGUCGCUUUCUGAAUGAUGCACAGAUUGUCACAAGCUCGGGAGAUGUAACUUGCGCCCUGUGGGAUAUCGAUACUGGACAACAGAUAAUCACGUUCACUGGCCACACCGGAGAUGUAAUGAGCCUCAGUUUGGCUCCGGAUCAACGCACAUUUGUCUCAGGUGCUUGUGAUGCUUCAGCAAAACUCUGGGAUUUGCGCGACGGGCAAUGCAAGCAAACUUUUCCCGGACACGAGUCCGAUAUCAAUGCGAUCACUUACUUCCCUAAUGGCUUAAGCUUUGCUACCGGAAGUGAUGACGCAACCUGCCGACUUUUCGACAUUCGUUGUGAUCAAGAAGUCGGGAUGUAUAGUCACGAUAGUAUUAUUUGCGGAAUCACGAGUGUCGCCUUUAGCAAAAGCGGACGACUGCUACUUGGAGGCUAUGACGACUUCAACUGCAAUAUUUGGGAUACACUGAAACAAGAGCGCACCGGUGUUCUUGCCGGUCACGAUAAUCGCGUGUCAUGCCUUGGGGUUACCGAAGAUGGCAUGGCUGUGUGUACGGGAUCGUGGGAUAGCUUCUUACGCAUUUGGAACUAG